AUGAAUUCCGAUUCAAGAAUUGAGUUGUUGCUUUUCUUGUUAGAUGCAAUGGCAAUGCUUUUAGCCCUCUCUCUUGCCACAAAGUUCAAUUCUCUUUGUUCUGAAGGCCCACUUCGGGCAGACCCCAUUGUCGAAAAGCUGCGAACUCAGCUUGGAGUCAUCCAUCUAAUACCAACCCCACCUAUAAACCCUAAAAUAUUGGGCCUUUUCGUCGUUUUCUUCUUCGUAGGUGUAAUUUGGGAUAAAAUCUGGACCCCGAAAAAGAAGGAUGCAAUCACUAUCAGCAGGACGAAGGCAAGGAGUUGGAUGCAGGUUCCCAAUACAAUGUCCAUGCUUCUUGAGAAGGAUUUGCAGAGGAAGGAAUCGGUUGAGUGGGUGAACAUGGUUUUGGGGAAGCUUUGGAAGGUUUACAGAGGCGGGAUCGAGAAUUGGAUCAUUGGUUUGAUGCAACCGGUUAUUGAUAAUCUGAAAAAGCCCGAUUACGUCGAGAGAGUUGAAAUCAAACAGUUCUCUUUGGGUGAUGACCCGUUGUCCAUUAGAAGCAUCGAACGGAGAACUUCUCGUCGCAAUAAUGACUUGCAAUACCAAAUAGGCAUUCGAUACACCGGUGGUGCACGUAUGCUUCUACUUUUGACACUUAAGUUCGGCAUAUUUCCGAUUUCUCUGCCAGUGGGUGUACGAGAUUUUGAUAUUGAUGGUGAACUUUGGGUCAAAUUGAGACUGAUACCGACAGAUCCAUGGAUAGGUUCUGUUUCAUGGGCUUUUGUUACACCUCCGAAGAUUAUGUUCCUGUUGUCGCCAUUGCGGUUGUACACUCUGGUGGCAAUACCUGUUCUCUCAAUGUUCUUACAGAAGCUUCUGACCGAGGAUUUACCUAGGCUCUUUGUGCGUCCGAAAAAGAUUGUUCUAGACUUUCAGCAGAAGGGAAAAGCUGGUGGACCCGUUACAAACGAUCCCAAAUCCGGAGAUAUUCAAGAGGGAAAUUAUGAAUUUGCUGGAGAAUUAUCGGUCACACUUUUAGACGCGCAAAAACUCACCUAUAUAUUUUACGGCAAAACAGAUCCAUACGUUGUUUUAAAAUUGGGAAAUCAAGUAAUACGUAGUAAACGGAACAGUCAAACUACUGUCAUCGGUCCACCUGGUCAACCAAUAUGGAAUCAAGAUUUUUUCAUGUUAGUUUCUAAUCCGAUGAAAGAAAAGUUACGAAUUGAAGUAAAGGACUCACUCGGGUUCACGGACUUGACAGUAGGUACUGCAGAGGUUGAUCUUGGAUCUUUAAAAGAUACCGUCCCGGAAGAAAGGGCGGUCGUGCUCCAAGGGGGGUGGAGCCCGUUUGGCAAAGGAUCUGUCGGAGAAAUAUUACUACGAUUGACUUACAAAGCAUACGUUGAGGAUGAAGAAGAUGAAAAAAGGAUAGCGAAAAAAGUGUCCGAUGAUAUUAAAAAAUCCGAAAAUAAAUCGGCCGAUUCUGACGAAUCACGUUCUACAAUAUCCGAGGAGCGUGCAAAAGAUAACUUGAUCGAUGCGAAUAAGGAAUCUUUUGUGGAUCUUCUAGCGGCUCUAUUAGUGAGUGAGGAAUUUAAAGAGAUAGUGGCAUCUGAAACAUCGAAUAAGAAGUCUGUUGAUCCUGGUAUUGAUUCGUCGGAAUUGAAUGGGCAAAAAACUCCUCCCGAGGUUGAUUCUGAUCGUACUGGAGGAUCGGUGUUGCUUUGGCUUGCCUUGUUUACGAGUAUAUCUGUUCUAAUAGCUCUUAAUACGGGUGGCUCGAGUUUAUUCAAUCCUUGAAACAUCUUGAGUGCUUCUCUUGUUUUUUAGGAGGCUAUAACGUAAGCUAAACUCGACAUCUUCUCAUUGUAACUAUGUAAGGCUAGCGGAGAUUGGAUGGUGCCCGAUGAAUUCGUUUUUCAAUACACGUGAGCUCCUGAAAUAAGUGUUUUUUUGUGUUUUAUUAUUUUGGCUGGAUGAGUUGUUAUUUUUGUAGAGAAAUCGGUUAUUUUUUUUGGAGGGGAAAUUACAUGUAUAUAAGCAACCACACGUAGAUUCUUACAGUUUCGGUUUUCUUGAACAAGUGCCUGCUGAUAACAGUGGAGGCAUUUGUAACGUUAAUAUUACUUUAAACAAAUAAAAAUCCGAGCUGGAAGUAGUAGUUAGGACAUCAUUAACAAAGUUGGCAGCAUUUUGAAAUUGUUGGAUUUUUUGGCUAUGAAA